AUGAUCGACUCGGCAAAUGGGAAGAAAAGAAAAAUUGUUUCUAUGACUGAAAAUUAUCGACUGCACAAAGAUAUUUCUGAAACAGUGACUAUUAAAACUUUCUUUUUUUCUUUCUUUUUUUCUUUUUUUUUUUUUCAUUUUUCUUUCUUUUUUCUUUCUUUCUUUCUUUCUUCUGGCAUUUUCCGUUCUUUCCUUGAUUAUCUUUUUCAUUGUUCCUGUCUUUUUCUUUCUCAUUGUUCAUAUCUUUCCAUUAUCUUGUUUUCUUUUUUGUGCUUUUAUUUUCUCUUUCCCUUUUCCUUUCUUUUCUCCUCUCUUUCAUGUUCAUUAUUUCUAAUUUUUUUUCUUUCUGCAUGUCGGUUUUUUUACUUUCUUUUGUUUUCUUCUUUUUCUUCCAUUCAUUCUUUCUUUCAUUCUUUUAUGAACUUGUUUCUUUUUCUUUCUCAUGUAUUAUUUUCAUUUCUUUCUUUAUUUAUUUCUUUUUUUUAUUUUAUGAAUUAUUUGCCAUUUUUCUUUCUUUCUUUCUUUCAUUCUUUCUUUAAUUCAUUCAUUUUAUAA